AUGUCUGCUGAUCAUUUGCAGUUCUUGAAGAACAAGUUCAUUCUGGACUUGGAAGACGCGGAGGAGGAACACAGCGGAGAAAAUGAGAUCCCCCUUCGCUCUCAUUUUCUACAGAUUAGAGAUGUGUUGGAAGCAAAGGACAUCACCGCAUCCACACCCAUUAGAUUGAAGAAUUGUCUAUACAACGUCAUCAGCGCAUUAGAAGACUGCGUGGUGUUGUCGGAGAAGCGUGAAUCCCGACAGAAGAAGGAUGGUCCGAUGCAUGGAUACACUGUGGGGGAGCAUUGGCUUUUAUGCAAAACCAGAAGGUUGUUGAUGCAAAUAAAGAGAAAGCUAAGGGCUACGGCUGAUACGAUUAUUCCUGGUAUGGCCGACAUGGCCACAAGUUCAUCCUUCACCUCCUUACCACUUAUUCCAAGACCAAACUCUUUGAAUUUUGAUUACUCAGAUUUUCCAGGAUUUCAGGAAAUUGGAAUCGUGGGGAUUGGGGGCUCGGGUAAAACCACUCUUGCCCAGAUGGUUUUCGCUUAUCAAUCCAAUCGGAGGUAUUCCCGGGAUUACAGAAUUUGGAUAUGCUUAUUCCCGAAACUGAGUGGAGAUGUAGAGUUCAAGGAGGUGAUAAAAGACAUGUUGAUGCAGUGUGAGGAAGCAGCAGUGGUGGAUGAUGGGGUAGAAGUAGAAGAGCUGUUGGAGAAUCUUGGGAAAGCUUUGAAGGGUAAAAGGUAUUUGAUGGUGUUGGACGGCAUCUGGGACAUCAACAUCCACUGGUAUUUCAAGUUAAAGGACAAGUUGAAAUCUGUAAAUGGUGAGGGUGGUGGUGGUGAUGGUGAUGGUCUUGUUAUCAUCACAAGCCGACUCCCCCGCAAAGCAAGAAUGAUGGUGGGCCCUCGCAAUUUGUAUCACAUGCAACUGCCAUCAACAUCAAUAGAGGAAAUAUGGUUUUGCCGCUAUUUCUUCUCAUUCCAGUUACUUCCAAGAUAUAGGUUGAAGCUGAAGGAUGAGGUUAUAGAGCAAUGUCAUGGCCUCCUAUUAGCAACGCACAUAUUGGCAGCAGUGAUUGGCGACCAGAUCCUGGGAACAAAGUAA